AUGGCCGGUGGUAUUGGAAAACACAAGUUAAUUGUCAUCGGACCAACUGAGCCAUGGUCGGUGAGAGAAAAGCUUUGCUUGGCGACUUCUGUGAUGAAAAGUGGAGAUCAGAAUUGGGUUUCUGUCAGUCGUGCAAUCAAACCAUUUUCUGAACCCGGAAGACCACCUGACUGGUUUUCACAAAAGCAUUGUGCAUCCAAAUAUUCAGAGCUUCUAGAAAACACAGAAGCACCAAAGAGGAAACGAGGGGAAAAAGGAGAGGUAGUGGAGACGGUAGAGGAUUUGAUUGUGCGCAAACUGACAGCAGAGAGGAUUGACGAGCUCAAAAAGCUUAUUAAAGACACUCAGGAGAAGCACAGGAGGCUGAAAAGAGAGGCUGAGCUUAUUAAGGCGGGCCAUCUUGACUCAAAAGUAGAAGAUUUGUGGCAAGAAAUCCAACAGAAGAAAAAAGAGGAAGAUGAGGCGGCUGAGCUAAAAAGAAAGACCACUGAUUCAGCUUACCAGGCCAGACUGGCAUUAAAGUUAGCUCCGAAGCGUAUCUCUGGGAUCACGAUAAAUUCACCUAUAGGCUGUGGAUCCCCAAAUCAUGAGUUUUCUCCUGGGGACUCCCUCGAAAGUCUCACUUCGGAAUUGACUCCUACAAAAAGUACGUUGGGAUCUGCUCAGCUGAUCUCACUGGGCUGCUCUGGACUUGGUGCAGAUGAAGGCUGCCAUAUUUCACUCCUGGAUGAGGCACAAAAAAAACUUUUGAUUCAGAAAGCCACACCUCCACCGUCUCCUCUUCUGUCUGAGCUCUUAAAGAAAGGCAGCAUCUUACCUACAAACGCAAGACUGAUUGGAGAUGGGGAGCUUUCUGCUCUUCACAUCGUAGAUGCAGGAACACCUCCUGGUCUUUCGGUGCCUCAGGUCCCAGGUGCGCCGAUGCUGUCUCGUUUACUGGAGGUUGGGUCCACUUCAUUUUCGGCCCAAUUAAGUUUUAUGGCCAGCGGAGACACUGCAGCUUCGACUUCUGUUACAGAGGACACAAAUGCUCAAGGAUGUGCAGAGAACCAUGCGGCCCACACAAUGGGCUCUGGCUGCAGAAGGGUCUCUCCUGACGUGAAAGUGUCCGAUCUGAGUGAGGAGGAUGUGAAUGCCGCUUACAUUGGGGAUGAACUGGAUUUGAAGACAGUGGGAGAUAUCAUUGCUAUUAUUGAGGACAAGGCGGACGAGAGCGCAGAGGCUCUGGACGCAGCAGCAGUGGAAGCUGCUCUGUCCCUGUGUGAAGAGAGCGGGCACACUCUAGGAGCUGCCUGGGCCUCAGGGCCUUUCCAGCAUCAGGACAGUGUUCCAACAGCGCCCCCUACAGUGGUUGGGGGAGGUCCACAGUGUGCGUCUCAUCAGAGCUGCCCAGGAGCAAAGGCUGAGGUGUUCCCAGCUCAUAGAAGACCUUCUGCUGAACACACUUCGUUUUGCAAUAGUCAAGAAAACUGUCUGGGAGCUUUACCCAGGGGAGUGAAAGGCGUAUCCCCAACAUCUGCGUCAUCAUGUAACUCGGCUCUAGAGUCUUUCCCUCCUAGAGCACUUCCUCAUUCUGAGCCAGGGAGAAAAUCUGAUGAUGUGCAGCAGGUCAAUCGAAUAUCAACAAAAAUAACCAUCAAAUGUGAGGGUGAAAAGUGGACACAACAUCGAGUCGACAAAGGUCACGGCGCAGACUCUUUUUUAGAAGCUGAAAGGAGUCUCAAGAGUACAAAAGUAAAUGAUGAACCAGGCUCUGACUCAGCACUGGCCGACUGUGAGAGCACUGGGCCUGAAGAAGUCAAAGUGGAGGAGGAUGAUGCGUUUCUGUCAGAGCUUGAAGGUGAUAUGGAGCUUGAACCUGUGGCCAGUGAGAGUGAAGAUGGCUACAGCCUCACAGCCUCCUCCUCUCUCCACCUGAACACAACCGCAGACUCCACCCCCAGUAGCCCUGCCUCCUCUCAGUUUUCUAUGUGCAGUGAGGAUCAGGAGGCUUUACAAGCGCACAAAAUUUGGAAGAAAGCCAUUAUGUUAGUGUGGCGUGCAGCAGCCAAUCACAGGUACGCCAAUGUUUUCCUGCAGCCAGUUACAGAUGAAAUAGCACCCGGAUACCACAGUAUCGUGCACAGGCCCAUGGAUCUCGCCACCAUUAAAAAGAACAUUGAGACCGGUUUGAUCCGGACCACAGCGGAGUUCCAGCGAGACAUUAUGCUGAUGUUCCAAAACGCUGUCAUGUACAACAGCCUGGACCACGACGUGUACCACAUGGCCCUGGAGAUGCAGCGGGACGUCCUGGAGCAGGUGCAGCAGUUUCUGGCCACUCAGCUGAUCAUGGAGACCAGCGAGUCGGGCAUCAGCGCCAAGAGCCUGAGGGGCCGCGAGAGCACGCGCAGACAAGACUCCACAGACAAGGACUCUGUCUCCAUGUCUUCUCCUGCCUUUCUUCUCUCUCUUUUUGAUGGAGGCACUAGGGGGCGUCGCUGUGCCAUGGAAGCUGACCUCAAGAUGAAGAAAUGA